CUACGUUAAAAAUCCAUUGUAACCUUAGUUUUGAUUGGUCCAAAAUUGGAGUCGCCAUUUUACCGCGAUUAUUUGCCGCAAACAAAAAAUAAACGUUGUUUCUCUUUUAGCGCAAUGUCAGAUCAGGAUAGUGAACCGUCUUCCCCCAAAACGGCAGAACAAAACAAAAUGGAGACUGAAGAAAAUGGUAGCAAUAAAGAGGAGCCCAUAUCAGACACAAAUGAGCAAAGUUCUUCAGAAAAGGAGGAUCAUGAUGAAUCGAUUGGGAAAGAUGAAGAAAAACAGAACACAUCAUCUGAACAGGACGGUGAGAAAGACAACAAAGAUGAAGACGAUGAGGAAGAAGAGUCUGAUGAUGAACCCCAAGUUGGAAUGUUAGAGAGACCCUUGAUCAUCGAAGAUGGAAAGAAACGAGAAAGGAAAAAGGUGGAAAGGAUGUCAGAUAUCAUGAAGGAGUCAUUGGAUGCCAAGCCCGUCGAGAUAUUGGAAGGGAAAGGACGAGCUCUGGGAGAUAUUCCAUUCAUUGAGCACAAGAUCAGCCGAGCAAAGCCAGAAGAUCUGAAACUUUUAUAUCGGGUUCUGUUUAGGAAACCUGGAAAGCAAUUAGAACUCCGGAAACACAUACGGCAGUUCUCUGGAUUUCCAUUCCCCAAGACUGAUGACGAGUAUAAGAAGCGAUUGGAAAUUUUGAAGAAACUGUCCUUCACAAAAAAUAUGAUCCAGCAUUGCUGUGAAAUCCUAGAUGUCCCCAGGACUGGAAAUAAAGAGGAGUUGAUAGAUAGACUCAUGGAAUGGCUAGAAAAACCUGCUGACUCUGGCAGGAAUGUUCCAAAAUCAAAAAAACGUAAAAGAAGCAAAUCUACAGAUGGAAAGAAGAAAAAGGGGGCAUCAAAGGGAAAGAAGACGGACAAGAAGACCAAGAAAUCAGAUAAGGCUGAAAGCAGCGAUAAUGAAGAUGAUGAUGACGCUGAUGGUGAUGAAGAAGAGGAAGAGAAAGAAGAGUCUGAAGAUGAGGCUGAGAAAUCUGAGGAAGAGCAAGCAUCAGACAGUGAAGAUGAGGCGCCUCCUAAAAAGAAAGCUAAGAAGGCGACACCAAAACCUAAAGCUGCCAAGAAAGAGAAGAAGGAGGCAUCCAAACCAGCUAAAGAGAAGAAGAGUUCACCCAAGAAGAAACCUACCCCGAAAAAGAAGGCGGCAAAGGCUAAACCAGCUGAGGAUGAAGAGGAGGAGGUGUCAGAUAUCAGCUCGGAUUCAGAAGACGAACCUCUUGUGAAGGAGAAGGAGAAGAAAGAGACCAAGAAAAAACAGCCACCUACAAAUGAAGAAAUCAAGGAUCUCAUUAAGAACAUGCUGGAUGAUGCCAAUCUGGAGGAGGUUACCAUGAAAACAGUGUUAAAAGAUGUUUUUGCAAAAUACCCCGGUUUUGACUUAACAGACAGAAAAGAAUUUAUAAAAAAUACAGUGAAAAAGCUCAUCUCAUGAAGUCUUAGUGCUACAACACGCUCUCGGACAUAGGUGUCCUCUCACUGAAAUACGAUGUUCUCUACCGGCAGCUCAAAGAGUUGCCCCUUGUCCCCAGCUUUCAUGCUGUGGGCAAACAGACUAAAUAGAGCCAUAAUUUAAGAACAUCUUGGAAAUAUUUAUAAAAAUAUGUGUUGAUUUUUCAUGUCUAGACUCGGAUCUUGAAAUGAUGUUUAUUUAAGAUGUCUUUUAAAUAUGUGUAAGAGUGCCAUUAAGAUUGAAAUGGUUGAAAAGGUAAUGUUGAAGUUGUUCGAUAAUUUAAAAAGUGCAACUGAUUUCUGAGCUCUCAUUGUCACAUCAUGUUAAAUAAAUCGUGUCACAUUUUAUGACAAGACUGUUGAUUAUAUUUUUUCAAAACCAUGGGGGGACUUUUUUUUUACACAGUUUUUAAUUCCUAUAAUUAAUAGUGUAUAUGUUUUAUAUGGUAUUUUAUCAACGUGUAUUGUCUGUGUGAUUGUGUUGCUUCAUGUCUUCUGCUAUUGUACAGAUAUGUGUCAUUUACUUAUUUUCGAUAGGUUGAGAGUAACUGAUAUGGCAUACAUAUAAUAUUGAUUGUGUGUAGAGUUGAGUAAUAUUCAACAUACAAAUGUAGUACAAGACAAAAUGUUUAAUUUGAUUCACAUCUUGCAAAAAUGCUCCAUGUCAUAUACGGCCUGCUGGUUCCAGACCAGCCUGUGGAAUCAUGAAGCUUGGUCAGGAGCUAUGCUGUUCGCUGCUUAGUCACACAAGGUUCGAUGGUCUUUUUAGCGAACAUGGUUGCCCCUGAACAGACUGCUUGCCUGCGCUGGUUGGUCUGGAGCUAUCCAGGCUGCAUAAGGCAUAAGACACAUUUUCGCAUGACGCUGCUCAUUUGUACUGAUGAUGUCAAUAUGUCAGCAUAAUUUUAAUAUACUGGUCUUAUUAUUGGUCCAUGAAUCUAAUUAUGUAAGAAAGUGAUGUUAUUACUACUCAGACUUUGUGCAUAUCAUUUCUCAUUAUAAAAGUUGUAAGCAUUUUAAAGUGUCUGUCUGCCCUACUUAAGAGCAUUCUUGUAGUUAGUAAUGGUCUUAUUAUUGUUCCAUGCUUAUAUAACAUGCUUCUAACACCAAUUAAAAAAAUUGUAAAUACCAGAUUUUUGUGAGUAAGGUAUCUCUGCAUAGUAUAAGUACAUACACUUCAUUGUAUGAAUCGGACAUAAUGUUGUGGUAGUGCUACUUACAAUAAAUAAAUGAAGGCAGUAAUUCUUAUUAAUUUUAAUAGGUGUGAUUUGUGUUGUUCAUAUUAGUACAUCAAAUAUAAGUACAUCAAAUAUUUCUUGCCAUGCAUUUCGCAGUCAACCCUUUUGGAGCAAGUAAUAAAUAGCAUAUUGGUAUUUUUGCUGGUAAAAAUUAUUUAUAAUCUAGUAACGGUCUUUAAUGGUAAGAUACCAUUUACAAUCAGUUAUCAGAACUGCAACAACGUGUUCCUAAAUUUAACAAUUUGCUUUUUAAUAUUUAUAAUGAUAGGAAGUUUGCACUACACUGUAUUAUCAAUUAGUAUGUGUUCUUGCAUUUCUAUAUCAUUUUUCACUCAUUUAUCAUUUAGCAAUGUACAAUUUUCAUAAAAAUAAAUACACAAAAGUGA